AUGAGUAAUCUCUUGAACGUCCUCAACGAAGGUUCAUCCACCCCGCCAUCAAAGAGCAGCUUCAACAACUCCAUCAGCCCCUCCACCAAUGACCAUUCGAGUGCUGCUGUGCAGAGUCCACACUUUCGCGGUCUUGAGAGAAUGUCCCUCGACUUCAUUGCGCCAGGCAGCCGCUCAGCCUCUCAUAGAGCCAGCCAGAACUUGUUCAGCUCAGCUAGCUAUAUCCACUACGGUCAUAGUGCAGAUUCCAACCACUCAUCGUCUUCUGCUCAUGGCAACCAUGUCCAGGCCCAUUAUUUUGACGCAUGUGACAACGUCUCUGCCCAGCACUCGUCAUGGACCUCGACCAAUUCGACAUCCAACUACGCGCGUCAAGGCACCACCGGGAGUACUAGCUACACUGAAAGCGAGUCAAUGGACACUUCGAACCACGACUCGCCUCCUACAAACCACCAGAGCUCUGCAAGUGGCUCAUCCAGGAACGGCCAUACCAAUACUUGUCGCGAGCCUCGCCAUGCAUAUGGUGAGGAAGAGCGUGCAUUCAUCAUGGUCUGCACCAUCUUGCGCGGUAUGGCCUGGAAGGAGAUCGAGAAAGAGUUUCGCGAGCGCUUUCCUGCUGGCCAGAAGCGACGUCACCAAGGAGAUGGCAUGCCACCGACGUACCCCGAGCAGGAGCGAACGACAAGUGGGCUUACUUGCGCCUACUAUCGCAUCCGGGAACAAUGGGGAAUUCCCAAGGUCCGCGGUAUUUCUGACGAGCAGAAGCCCGAGGUCAAGGCUAUUGUAAAGAAGACUAUUCUCAACAUGCAUGAUUUCCCGGACCUUCACAAACAUGCUCAGUAG